UUGGUUAUACGGGUGAUAUAUUCUCGACCUCACAAAUGGGGAUGUUCUUUGUGGGGAAUAUCCAACGUUUUGUGACGUCUUCCUAUGGGAAUACUAGCACUUUGCCCGGCCGAUUGGCCGGGUGUGGUUAUUGCAUUUAUGGUCCGCUUUGGUGUCCUUUUAGCCGUUUGUUUUUAGUAAAUAGUUGUGAAUUCGCUUUUUCUUUUCACAAUAUUAUAUUUUCAGUGGUGUUAGUGGCAACCUUAAUUUGUGGUUGAAACGUUGAUGUCAUAAGAUCCAUCUCCCUAUUCCCCUUUAUUCACCCAACCUUCUGGAGGUUUUCCCCAUAUAUUAUUCCACUUCGAUCUUUCCUCCUUCUCCAAAGUGUGAUACGAUUUAAACUCUUCUCAGUAGGUGAAAGCUUGACCCGGAAGACCCACUGACCCGUCCCGUCCCGUAGGGUCGGGACGGGUCAGUUUGUCUACAGGGACAGAUUAGGGACGGGUCAUUUGUUGACCCUGUAUGGGUCGGGACGGGUAGGGACAACUUAGGGACAGGUCAGGUUUUGACCAUGUGACCCUUAACAACAACAAAUAUCUCACACCGCAUUGGACCUUUUUGUAAAGUUUUAAAAGUUUAGGUACUAAUUUGUGUAAAAAUAAAAAAAUUUGGUUACCAAAACGUAAUUUUACCUUCAAAAUUUAUGGACUUAUUUGUAAACAAAUAAAUUUUAGGUACUAAAUUGCAAGAAAAAAUAAUUUUGGGUACCAAAACGUAAUUUGUAAAAAAGUAGUGUGUUGAUUAGGGUCGACCCACUAACCCGGCCCGUCCCUUGAGGGUCAGACAAGGUCAAGAAGGAAACAGGGACGGGACGGGUCAGUUAUACAUCUUAACCCUUCAGGGAUGGGUCAGACAGGGUCAGGGAUGGGUCAGACAGGGUCAGGGACGGGACAGGGAUGGGUUCGACCACAAAAUGAUGCUUAGUUUCUCUAGCAUUUCAUCCUCCGCUUGAUCCAUUACUGCACAUAGCCAGCUGCUAGAUGAUAGGUUAGGUUCUAGCUCAAAUAGUGGUCUGAACAUGGACGAUCUCCUAAUGUAAAUUGUCCACUGACAUUCCUUCAAUAUAUGAUUCUGGGUUUCCUCUAGAUUGCAGAAAGGGCAUUCCAUGAACUUUUUAAACAAUGCUAUUGAGUUUUUAAACAAUGCUAUCAUGAACUUUUUCCCACCUAUUGGAGUGCAAUUGUUCCAACUCAUCGCAACAUCGCUGAGUGAGCUCCUUGUAGCUUGUAAGCAACCCUUGGGUGAUAAUUUUUUUCUUUCUUGCUGCUUUGUUUAUUUUUGUUAUCAAUAAUGUUGAAUUGUUGGAUGAGCUUCAAUAAUAAAUCAUAUACACUUAAUCCAAUGCAACAUGCAACUUCUAUCAGCUUUUUUAAUUUGGUGGUGAAUGACAUAACCUCUAUUGUCCGUUUCAAUAUAUAUAUUUCUCAACAUUUUCCAAAUCAAUAUUUACAAUUAACUCGAUAUUCAAAAAUUAUUAUUUCUUGAAUUAACUCGAUAUUUGCAAUCAUGUUAAAAAUAACCGUGAACAAACGAAACUGGAAUGGGGUUGAUUAAGUCUGCAAGUUAAUCAGGAAACAUGACAGCGACAUUGACUGGUGAUGUUUCUAUUGGAAGCUUCCACCGUGCAUUGGCGUUUUCGGUUUUCAUUGGAAGAUUCCCCUGGGUACUUUCGCUUGUUGACCAUGUAGAGGAGGUCUCCGGGUGAACUGUGGAAAAGUAUGUACUGGGAAUGAAAUGGGGCAGCUAUGUACGGGAACUGGCAGUCUCCGGGAUUGGGUUGUCCGAGGACGAUGAGGCGGCGGGAGAAGAAUCUGGUGACAAUUAGGGCAGCACCAUUACCGGAUAAUCGAAACGGGAUUGUGGUAUGGGGAAGAAUUGGCACUUCGGGGAUGAUAAUGUCCUGCCUCGAUGAGGCGGAUGAUAGUAGUAGCCGGCUGCAACUCGGAUUGGAUCACUUGAGUGAAGAAUCUAUGCUGAUCUUGUGCUGUGAAGUGGAAACGUGCUUUGAAAAUGGGGAAGAAUUGUUCAGGACAAAGGGAGGAGAGACAACGAAUCUUCUCUGAGGCAAUGAAACGUUUCCUUUCAAUUAUUUGUUUUGGGCCCAAGCUUUCAUUUAUUUGUAGAUGAGUAUCUGUUUAGGUGGUAAAGGGGCCAAAAGUGCUGGGCCUAAUUACACAUCUAGGUGUACCUACCGGUUCUUUUCCUAAGGGGUUUAAAAUUCAAGGAACACAUUGACACUACUACCCUUCCUGAAUUUAAGGGUUGUGAAGGAGUAGCUGAUGUGGCAAUCUUCAUUUGUGGGCUCGUGUAUAUAUAGAUGUUUUGAUUUUGAUUUGAUCAAUUAUCAACCCUUCGUUCUGCCAACAAUAAUUGGAAUAAAGUGCAUAGGUAGGG